GGCAUUGGCAUUCAAGCCAUGUCUUCCCGAAGUGCGGCUACUAUGGUUGUGAAUCCUCCGUUUCGAGGGUUUGUUUCUUCUACAUUUUCUUGCACCGCAAAUCGUACCAAAAAGUUCCGUUUCAUCAAAUCCUUACAAUAUAAUCAAUUAAGAGAUGAAAAAUGCAUAAAAGCAAAGAAAAUAAAAACUUAUAAGUUAGGCGAUUAUCCUGAAUGUCCUAUAAUUACAUAUAAAGAAAUAAAAAAUAAUAUUACACAACGAACCUUUAAUUAUUUUAUAGAAGCCGAAGGAUUUUAUCCAAAAAUUUCUGAACUUUCUACUUGGGGACGUGGAAAGAAUCAGCAAACAGUUCAAUGUAAGAUUAAAUAUAAAAAUGGAAAUCCAGAAUUUCAAAUUUUAUUUGUUUCUGAUUUUGAACAUUUUUUAUCUGGACCAUUACUAUUUGGAUUACAACUUCAAAAACUUAGAGAGUCUCGAGUUAAGCAAUAUUUGAUCAAAUCUGCAGAACAAUAUUCACAAUCAUAA